GGCAAGACAGAAAAGAAGGAAGCACAAAGAAUUACUGAUUGAGACAUGAUUAGUAAAAUUUUGUUAGAUCUGGAUAGUAAAUUGACAAAGUAAUUUGUAAUCAGAGACUGUAGUUGCAGUGCAGCAAAACAUACACAGCACUGAACUUUUCGUCCUGACCUUUUAUCAGAUGCGUGAAGAAAUUAAUGCAUUUUGGCUGCACAUUGGAGUUACCUUUUUCCGCUGACCUUUAAACAGCGAUGUCCUCCUCACAGGAUAUCCUCAAGGUUGAAGGAUGUGGUGCUUCUAGAUUGAGUUGAAGAGGUCCAGAGAAGACAGUGAUGUGGCUUUGUGGUUACAGCUGAUCAUGAAGACCACGGCUUCAGUCUCCAACGCAUCCGUGCAGGCAGAUGUUCGAAACCACAGCGCGCUGCACAGCUGUAGCAUCGACGAGUCCUACAAGUAUGUCAUCUUGCCUCUGUGCUACUCCUUGACCUUCUUGCUCAGCCUCGUCCUGAACUCCACCGUCCUCCUGCGGUCCUACCGGUGCAAGAGUGGCCGUCAGUGGAACACUUCGCUGAUCUACAUGGUCAAUCUGGCCUCCACGGAUCUGAUGUACAGCUUCUCAUUGCCGUUCCUCGUGGCUAGCUACGUGAUGCGUGACCACUGGGUUUUCGGAGACUUCAUGUGCAGGCUGGUGCGUUUCUUGUUUUACUUCAACCUAUACUGCAGCAUCUUCUUCCUCACCUGUAUAUCUGUCCAUCGCUACAUGGGCAUCUGCCAUCCGAUUAGAACCAUCACCUUGGAGAGCAAGCGGGUCGUUCGAGGCAUUUGCGCUGCCGUUUGGGUCAUAGUGUUCAUACUUACGUGCCCCAUCGUCCGGUUUGCCAAAACAGGGGAUGUUUUGAGGAAACUCGGAGGUGGAGUGAAUGAAGGAGUCGAUUCUUGGUCGGAAGGUGCUGGAAAAGUCGAGGUGGAGGUAUACAGGAACUGUUGGGAUGACGCAAUAGACACAGAGUUUUCAGAAUACGUGCCUUACGGAAUCGUUCUGCACCUUCUGGGCUUCUUUUUCCCUUUUAUCGUCAUUGCGUGGUGCUAUUCGCAGGUGGUGCGGACCAUUUUCCUGACGCUACAUUCCCAGCCACAGGUGCAGGAGGAAGGGGGAAUGUGUGGUGGGGUGGAAGGGGUCAAGGACAGGACGUCCGCGUCCAUCUCGGGCUCUCAGCACGCACCGUACCUCAACAGGCGUCGCAAGUCCAUCAAAACCAUCAUCGCCAUCACCAUCCUGUUCGCACUGUGUUUUCUGCCCUUCCACAUAACACGCACGCUCUUCCUCGUCCUCAAAGAAACGAAGGCCGCCGAUUGCCAAACCAUGCGGAUGGUUUCCAUUUGCUACAAGAUAACUCGGCCGCUGGCUUCCUGCAAUUCGUGGCUCAAUGCGCUCCUUUAUUUCUUAACAGGAGACAAAAGCUUAGCCUGCUGUGGACGGUCCGACGCCGGUCAUAACACCCACCUUCUCUGGCCUUUACAGAUUCUUGGAGGACAGAAAGAGGCUGAGGAUCAAGAGCAAGGCAAUUCACAUAAAGCAGCCGAAGCUCAGGAAAGUGACUCGAAAUCAUCCGGAAUAACAUAAAUGAGGUUCGGAAUGCACAAAGGGACAGACCUACUUUACAUGCUUCAGAUUUCAUUUUUUUUUUUCAUUAAUAUUACUGAGUAAUUUCACACAGUCUUGAGUAUUACAGCAUGUUUAAUGCUAGUAUGCGACCGAGCAGUUAUAACCAGCCACCUCUUUUAAACAUUAUGUUUUUGUGUUUUUUUUUUGUGAUGGAUAUUUGGUGAGUAAAAAAUGUAAAAUCAGUAAAUAUUAAUAAAGUAAUAAUUUAUCAAAGUAUAAAAUUGGCAUUGCUUAAGCACUCAAUAAGUUAUUAAUUGCUGAGUGACCAGAAUUGAAGUACUGUUAACAGGCCAAAAUAAUAAACAAAACAAACAGGAAGUAAAAAGUUACUAAUUUACAUCUUGUGACAAUUAAACUGAUUCGCCAACAUUAUCAGCAAGGCAUGUCCUGUUUGUUGUAGAGAUCCUGAAACGGUUGAAUUGCACAUCCCUAGUGUUUUAAAAUAUAAGGCCUGGCGUGAAUAAAACUGCAUUUUAAUGAACGUCAAAGAUAGAAUCACACAUGCACUUUGUCUAAAUGAAACCUUAAAAGCUGAAACACUUUCAUCCCGUGUAAUUUAUUAUGCUUCAUCUAUGCUUGAAUUUGUAAUUCCUCAGCAUUUGUCAAUUCAUAAGAAACAACACCAGAUAUUUUUUUAUGAA